AUGGCCAUCUUAUCAGGUGUUGUUGAUGGGAACAAUGAUCAUGAACUCGAUGAGUCUUUGCUAAUAACUACAUGUAAUAGUAGUAGUGAUCAUGGAGGAGACAGAAACCUUAGUAGUAGUGAUGCUGUUGAAGGUGUGGUGGAUUACAGAGGAGAAAGAGUGUAUGAUAGAUCAAAAUAUGGAGGAUGGAAAUCUGCUUAUUCUAUAAUUCCAAUUGAUAUUGCAGAUAGCUUUACUUACUGGGGAAUCUCUUCAAACCUCGGUAACAGUUCAGUUUUCAGUUCUCUGACUUCUUAUCAACUGGGCUUCUUCUUUUGUUCAUUGUAUAUAAUGGCAAUUGGAAGAGCUGGAUGCAAUUCUUGCGCACAAGCUUUUGGGGAUGACCAAUUUGAUGGAAAAGACUCUGGAGAAUGCAAAUCCAAGAGCUCAUUCUUCAAUUGGUGGUUCUUAGGAUUAAUUCUAGGUAGCGGCAUUUCUCACUUGACUCUGAACUACAUACAAGACAAUAUGGGAUGGGGUUUAGGAUUUGGCAUUCCGUGCACUGUGGUGGUGGUAGCAAUAGUCAUUUUCCUCCUCCAAACAAAAACAUAUCGUUAUAGUGUGAGCGAGAAGAAGCAAAACCCGUUAGUAAGGAUAACCAGAGUGUUCAUUGCAGCUGCCAAAAACUGGAGAAAGACCGCAUCCUUGGGUUCGCUGCAGGAGGACACAGUCAAACUCCAUGGGACACAUCUUGGGGCUAAUCAAUUCAAGUUUUUGGACAAAGCUUUGAUUGACGUAUCGAAUGACAGUUCAAGAAAAUAUGAUAUAACAUGUACCGCUGAUCAAGUAGAGGAGGCAAAGGCUGCAGUACGACUGGUUCCAGUGUGGGUUGUAUGUAUUAUAUAUGGAAUUGUUAGUGCUCAAUCUACAACAUUUUGCAUCAAGCAAGGAAAUACAAUGAACAGGAAUAUAGGAAGAGAUUUUGAGAUACCAUCUGCCUCCAUGAGAAUCUUCAGCAGUGUUGCUGUUGUUUUUUCGUAUUUUACGACCGCGUGCUUGUUCCUUUGGCUAGAACUGUCACAGGUAAACCCAGUGGCAUAA